CCAAGGCAACUGCAAAAAUUAGAAAUAAUUAGAUUUCACUGCCUCCAUCAUUAAUCUUGCAAUUGUUCCAAAAGCCGGGGAAGGUGAACAGGCUCACUUUAAAUACCCUGCUUGGCUGGGGUGGAGCCGGCCGCCAUUUCUGUCUUCGUGACAAAGACUCGCAGCAUCAGCAGUCUGCCAGCCCUUCGGGGGACACCGUCAGUGCGCAUUAGGGCAUCACGGAGCCGUGUCCGAAACCCGACGGCACGCCUCUUACGGGCAGCCUCCAGACGCCUCAGGACACGCUCCGUGGGGUGAGGACGGGAGUGUCAUCGGGAUCACACCAUGGUCAGUCAGGCCUCAUGAAGAGAACCUUGCAGAACUCGUGGCCGACAUAUGCGUGCAUGUGCGACGUGUGAGGAACAGGGAUGGACGCGCCCUAUGAUUUAUCCAGAAUCUAAAUGAGGUAAACGCAGAUGUCUGUCAUGUGGUACUGAAACUGUCUAGUCUGUCCCUAGGAUUGGCCUGUAUUUCUACACAUGUAUAGGGCAUCAGAUAGAACAAAGUUGGUGUUCCAAAUCCCAGGAAGCGCCCAUUCUUAUACUCCUGAAAAAGACGUUUAACUACUUAUGUAAAAAUGCUGCAGUUUAUUAGGUUUCCUUGGACAAAAGCAUCAACUGAGAACUCAAACCACUGAUCAAUAUCAACAUUGAUUCAGCCUUUACGGUCACUGGACAAAAAAUGUAAAAACAUAAGGGACAUUAAUUUGUGCAUAUAAGUUGUGUUAAUUGGUUUGUCGGAAAUCGGUUGGACAGAAGACACCAAUAUGGCAAGUUUAACAUAAAUUCACAUGGAGGACGGCUGUGUAAUUUUCCAAGAAAUGCUGUGGGAUAUUGGCAGUGCGGCGGUCAGGAACGAUCUAUUCAUCCUCACGCACGCUGCUGCUGUAAGGACAGCCGUGGAAAAGGGCUGUCAGGAUCCGGCAUGAAGUGUCUCCGGAUUGUGCCGCUGCCUCAGCCGGCUGUCAGCACCGACGCGAGGUGGCAGAGGACGAAUACAGAAAUUACCAUCAAAUGGAGACGACAACGCAAGACUUGAGUAACUUCACGCGUCCUGUUGGAUUUUACAUCAGGGGAUUCUACGGUCUCAAACACACUGAGUAUUACUUUAUAUUUCUGGCGGUCAUGUAUGUCUUGACGCUUGUGGCAAAUUUAACACUGAUGUUUAUCAUAUGGUUUGCAGAAACCCUCCACACACCGAAAUACAUGGCGGUGUUCAGCCUGGCCGUGGUAGAUUUGAGUUUCAGCUCGGCUCUGAUCCCGAAAGCCGUCCACAUGUAUCUGUUUGACUCUAAAUUCAUGUACUUCAACGCAUGCCUGGCGCAAAUGUUUUUCGUUGAUUAUUUCGCUUCGAUGGAAGCGUUCUCUCUAUGCGUUUUAGCUUAUGACCGGCUCAUUGCCAUCUGUUUCCCUCUUAGAAGCAAUUCGUUGAAUACAAAACGUAAAAUGAUGGUAAUUAUAAUUGUGACUUGGUCUAUUCCGUUAGUAAUAGACGUGGUCAUGGUCGCACUGAUUCCGCCUUUGCCAUUUUGCAAGUCAACUGUAGUGAACAGUUUCUUUUGCGACCAUGGUCCAGUGUUUAAGAUAGCUUGUGGGGAUUAUUCUCCAAACUGGUUUAUGGCUAGUUUUACCACAGUCUCCAUGUACUUUGUGCCCUUUGGAUUUAUUGCACUGACAUAUAUAUUUAUUAUUUAUGCAAUUUUGAACAUCGCAUCCUCGGAGGGCAGAUGGAAGGCAUUCAAAACUUGCAGUUCCCAUUUAUUACUGGUGGGUAUGUUUUUCGUGCCGUUUUUUGUCACUUACGUCAUUGCCUGGGUUAACAUUAAUAUCGACACGGACACACGAAUUAUUAAUACUUCGCUGUCCGCUUCCAUCCCUCCACUCCUCAAUCCGAUCAUUUAUUCCUUCAAAACAGAAGAAAUUCUGGAGCAAAUUAAAAAGAUUCUCGGUAUGAGAAAAAGGAACCCCAACUAGGUCGGUGUAACUGUGACUGCAUGGUAGUUGUCUCACAACUCACAAGAUAGUUAUGUUGUGCGCACAAUAUACAAUCGUAAGCGCUCAAGGAAUUAUGUGUACAUUAGAUAAUCAGGGUACUGAGCACACUUACGUGAACAUGGAGCGGAACACAGCUCAUAAAGUAAUUAAUACUUCAAUCUUGACAUUCUUGUUACACCGCGAUAAUGUUAGCCUUAUUUUCGAUAUUCAAUUUUAUUGUAACAAAACCAAUGACACUUUUUAACUGUCUUUGUUCAUUUGUCCAAUCUCCGGGAAAAUGUUUUAAAAACUGCUUGUGUAUUGUUGCCCUUUGGGUAAACCCAAGAUAUACUCGAAUAAAUCUACUAAGGUUAUAUACUAAAUGUAUAAUUAUUUUUGAA